GAACAGUAUAGGACGGAGUAGUAUCAAAGGAUUCUUGAGCUUUUCACAAGCACCCUCCCUGUCUCUUUCCUCCGCUGAAGCGGCUACUCUGAAUUCUCAUUUGAACCAGCUUCUGAGCUUUCUCUCCUCCAUUGAAGCCUUGGAUUGAAUUAUGAAAAUGGAAUUUUUCUCCGUGGGCCGAGCUCGGCCGCCCCUUUUUCCCUGUCUCAGGGACGGGCGUCCGAGUAGGUGCAAGGCGGCGAUAAAAGCCAACAAAGAUGGCAAAUGGGAGUCUGAACAUCAGUCAAUGCUAUUUCUUGAGGAAACCCAAUUGAAUCGAAGACAGUUAUGUACUGCAGCUUCAUUGGUGGCCAUUUUAACAUUCCAACAGGGUAUGAUAUCAGAACCAGUAAAAGCUGUAGAUAAAGCUGAUGAUAAUCAACAAGAUGAUGGUGUAUUGGGCCCUAUUAAAUCAUUGUUUGAUCCCAAUGAAAAAACAAAGUCAGGCAAAGUGUUGCCAAAAGCCUAUCUAAAGUCAGCCAAGGAAGUUUUGAAAACGCUUCGAGAGUCCUUGAAGGAGGAUCCACAAGAUAUGUCUAAAUUCAGACGAACUGCAGAUGCUGCAAAAGAAUCUAUUCGAGAUUACUUAAGUAACUGGAGAGGGCAGCAAGCUGUAGCCAAAGAGGAAUCUUAUAUGAAGCUGGAGGAAGUAUUUAGAUCGCUUGCUCGCUUUUAUUCAAAGGCAGGUCCAUCAGCUUCACUCAGUGGUGAAGUCAAGUCUGAGAUCUUGCACGAUUUAGAUAUUGUUGAAGAAUACUUGUAGCUGGACAAACUUUGCCUGUGUAGUUUGAAUCCCUGUUCUUUGUGUAUAGUACAUUCUUACUGAAAGAGCUGUAACCGUUUUCUGCUACCUUUUGACAUAUUUCUUGUCGUCCAACCAGACUCACAACUGGUAUGAUUUAUAUAUUAAGGUGGAUUCCGGCAUA